AUGUCGUCGCCUUCGUCAGCUGGUGACACCAUUCUCGACACUACUGUAACUUGGAGAGAUAUCGAGGAGCGACUUGAGAAGGAUCUCGGCAGAAAAUUAAUUUUUGGUCCAAAGCGCGCAGUGCAACUCAUUGGGGAAGGAAAUGGCUUUAUGUCGCGCGUCACCAUUAUGAACACCGAUCUGCAAGGAGAAGCGAGCGAUUUACCACCGAGAAUAGUUGUGAAAAUCUUAUCGAAAAUAGCCGGACAAGAAGUUGGUGACUCUUUCAAAAAUCACACUGAGGACGAACGGCUUUUUGAAGGAUACGAAGAGAACAUCAGAAAGUUGCACAAUCGUGAAGUGAAUUGCUAUCGAGUGUAUUCUCGUUUCGAUCUCUCGGUAAUGAAGAUCCCUCGUAUGUACUUCGCGCAAGACUAUAAUGAAAGAAACACGCAGAAAGCUUUCCUCGGAAUGGAGUGUGUUGAAGGUGUGGAGUUGCGGCAUAUUUUCCAUAAUGUUGAUGUCAAAGAACUAUCCGAUGCGUUGCGAGGGCUUGCUUACCUGCAAGCGGUAAGUCUCCAACUAACUGAAGACGAAAAGCAAAAAGUCGCGAGCAAUCCGAUUGCCAACGUUUAUGGACCGCUCCUGCCACCUCAGGCAGUAACAAAAAUGCUGUUGGAUGUGGGCAGCCGAUCGAAGAUGUGGGAAAGCUGCUGUACAGAACUGUCGAAGAUGUCAGCUGAAAUAGCUGACAUGAAGCUACCGUAUUCACUGAAUGACGAGCUUGGGAUGAAAGACGUAAUGAUCCAUGGCGAUCUAUGGUCAGCGAAUUUGCUGUGGAAGAAAACACAUAAGGGAUUUGAACUGGCCAGGAUAAUCGACUUCCAAGUCAGUGAUUAA